AUGAAGCUGCUUCUGUGCCUCGUUGGCGCCCUCCUGCUGGCCGGUGCUGUCGUGGCCACCAACUCCACCACCAACGCCACGGUAGGCAGGCGACUCCAUGCGCAUUCCUCCAGUUGUCACUUCUCGUGUUGUCUCUGUCUGUCUGUCUGUCUGUAUGCAUCUCUCGCCCAGGACGAAGGAGAUGAGAUGGUGGGCUCCUCACCCCUGCUGCCAUGGUGCGAUGCCUCACACGACGAACACGCGAAUCAAUGGCCAUCCUUGGAUCAUUGUGUUCUUUCUCCGUGUCGUGCUGCUGCUCUGUCUGUCUGUCUGUUUGCGUUUGGGUGUAGAGGCGCAUCUACGUUCGCAAUACAUGCCAUGAGACGCUCCACAUCGCAAUUCGCAUGAGAGCUCCGGGCGGCUUCUGGAUCAGCCAAUGUUGGUGGAAAUUCCGUCCACAUGAGGGGAACUUCUUGGGCGAUGAGAACGGCAGACGCCUCUACACCGAUAAUGGUCUGAUCUACUACUACGCUGAGAGCGCCACCAAGCUAUGGUCGGGCAAAUACACGAGAACGUGUAAUGGGCGAAUUCUGGGGAUGAGGGAGCACACCUACGUCGACUCGGACGGCGAUGUGUACGUGCAGCUCUGGUGCAACAACAGACGCCUUCUCGGGGAGGCUUUCAGCACACAGACCGCAACCCCUGAAGACAUGGAGUUCAAGCACACUCAUGCUGACACCCAAGCUUUGGAGCAUUGA